CAUCGAAGCCGUCCAUCUUCCAGAUGCGAUGUCUUGCUGAUAUCCAAGGAGAAUGUAGAGGGUCAACGAAGAUGAAGAACUGGUCUUCUCUGAAGUGCAGAUCAUGGUGUGGGAGGACAACGUGAACACACCAAUUUACCAUAACACGACGACCUCACAUGCGUUGGACUGCAUUACAGAUGUGGUGGAAGAACAGGCUACGUCGAUCUGGGGUUGCAUUCAAUUGUCGGUGCUCGGGAGUGAGGGACGCGUCGCGAUCGAGGAGGAUCGAAAUCUGGAUCACACUGCGUUGAUGCCCACUGUCCUCGAUCGGUUCCACUUCUCCUUCUCACUCUGUUCUAUGUCUCCUCUCGGAUGCACUCUCCUCCUGUCAAAUCUGAGAUCUACUCUUGCCUUGAACCCCUGAGCAUCUCAAAUUUUGUAUCCUAGGCUUGCGAUGUUCUCAGCUUAGGGCUUCGACUUUGACUGACCACUCACCCUUUCGACGUCACAACUCAACGUCAUGUUAUUUACUUCUGUUCACAGCCUGGCAACCACCAAGAAUUUUAGCCCGUCUAUGGGCAGCCUUCCCAAUUAGUGACUUGACUGCCAUCUUCGACGAACAUUCAACACUCACCGCCAUACGCAGCCAUAGUCGUCACCGACUAUACCUCUACCCAACGUCAUGCUCAUAUAACGUCCGGCUUUCUCUCACACUCAUGCGAUUAUCACAGGUGUUGUGCUGUAACGC